AUGACAAGCUCUCCUAAGAAAGAAGCUUCCAAGCAAGAGCCUUUCGUCUCGCCUACUGCGUCCCUCAAAGCUUACCUUCAGCUCAGCACCUUGAGCUUCGGAGAUGAAGAGGAUGCCUUAGAGAAAGGCGACGAGCUCGGCAGUUGGACCAGGCAUGACUCCCGUAGCAGCCAACCGCAAAGCAGCUUUGCGGACAAGCAGUUCACAGGGAGAGCGCUGAAGAGUCCGGGGAAAGCGAGGAAGGGCAGGAAAAACAGCGGGGGGAACAGUGUGCGAGGGACGGGGAUCGUUCUCAAGGAGGAGGAGGUAAACAAGAGAGGUCAAGGCAAGUCUGAGCAGAGCUCCAAGAGGGAGAGAUACUACACUUGGAACGCCUCUCCUCCCCUCUCCUCCCCCCCCCUUGUCUUGGCUCCUGAGAUCCCAAAAGGAGGAGAGAAGGUGCAGGAGAGGGCUGAAUCAGAAGCAAAACUCGAGCGCGGUCCUCCCAAGUCAGCUGAACCUUCAUUGCGACAUGCAAAGAUCAGAUUCGAGGAGGAGGAAGAGCCGUCAACAGCGGUUGAGCCGUCAAGCAUGACAGCGGAGCAGGAGAGGUCUGCUGCGAGCAGAGAGAGGCAGCGAGUGCCGUCCAGGCAGAAAGACUCUCUGCACAAGCCGCAGCGAUCGAGAGAGCCCCGUCAACGAGCAGACGUCGAUGCGCGGGAGGCGAGGAGGCACAAGGGAAGGUUCCUCAAGAUGCCUGAGUUCGUUCCUCGUCGACCGGAGUCCCUGAAGACCUUCAGCCGGUUGAGCACCCCGUCAGGCUUCGCAAGCAGCAUGCUCUUAGCCGACGAGAUGUCCACCCUCUUCCGAGAGGACGAAGAUCAAAGGCUCGAGCGAAACCUCAACAGCUUCGGGAAGUACGCUCUCGUGCGGCAACUCGAGCUCCAGCUCAAGGAGGCGCUGGACGAAGCUGAUCUUAUCUGGAAGCGGCCGCCCCUGACCGAGGCUCGGAAGAAGGCGUAUGACUUCCUGCUCCCCAAGCUCUUCGACAUCUUCGAUGAGAUUCUUCUGUCCACCGGGCCCUUCGGCAAGGUCCUCAGGACUAUCAAGGAUGAGCUGUACAAGUGUUGCUACAGUGAUGAGCAAGACUACCUCAAGCCCACCGGCCACAAAGUCGCCUGGGUACAACUUGUGCCCGAGAUGAAGCGAGAGCGAGAGAGGGCCUUGAGCGCUCUGACCACGAACGAAGUGUUGUUGAAGCAGACAGAGAAGGAACUGAAAGAGGUGAAGAAGGAAAAGGAGAACCUUGAAAACCAGCUGUUCAACAUUCAGCAAAGGGCCUCGAACACGAACGAGCAAGCAAGCAAGACAGAGUCCCUUCUCAAGAAGAUGAAGGCCGAGUACGAGGAGCUCAAGUACAAGUUCGACCAGCUGCAGAAAGGUUUCCUGCUGGGAGAGCUGCAAGACGACAUGCGGGAGAUGCUGCUGGAAGGAGCCAAACAAGACGCCAAGAUCGCCAACACGAUGGAGAGACAGAGCGCCAUGCACAACCUGAUCCAGCAGCUCAAAGAUGCCAAGGAUGCCAUGCUGAAUGCCAAGGACGAUGUCAACUACUGGAGAGGGAAGUACGAGGCAGUAUCCAAGAGGAUGGAGGCCAUGACAGAGAGCUUCCAAGACAUGUCAAGCGUGCUGGAGAUGACCAAAGAGAAGAUGACGGGCAUGGUGCCCAGCGCUGUGCACGUGGCCUUGAAGCAGCGGUACACGGAGGCUCUCAAGGAGAUCGAGAGCAUGCGGGACUACCAGGAGGCAGAGAAGAAGAAGAACCGAACCCACGAGGCAGCCAAGGAGCGCAAGGACGAGGGCUGGCAGAACUACGAUAAGAGCAGCGAGACCUCGCACCGCUCGACGAGCUCCAUGGCACCGUCAGACCACAAGCACGGGACGGGGAUGGACCGGGACGAUCUCGACACAGACUGGGACACGCGAGAAGACGCUGUGCCCUCUGAAUUCCUCGAUUCAGUAUCGAAGCAGCGGGCCAACCUGGUGGCGAGCUACAAGGCUUACAGGCGCCUCAGCGGCACAUCCGUGGUUGACUGGACGCAACUCAAGAACAUGACCCUCGCUGAGUUCGCGAAGUUGGAAGAGGAUUGUUUCUCGCAGAACUCGCUGUGGGCUCUUGCGCUUCAAGGUGAGAAAUGAGGUGACGAGGGUUGGGAGAUAGGUGGCGAAGGACUUACAGUUUACGAUAUCCGACAUAAGAAAACUAGCUACACAUUUGAACCCCCCAGAUGAUUUCAAGAAAGCAAACCCCAGACCA